GAACAACACCACAAACAAUGUUCAGCACCGAUGGCGGAAAAAGCGAUCCAGUGCGGCUAUUCAAGCUUUGGUUGUCCAAGCGACCCGAAGGAAUGAAGAACACAGGGCCACUCUAUCUAAGCAUCAUAAAUCGUCCUAAAUCAGCAGAUGUUUGGUAUACCAAAGUUCGAAUGGGACAAAACACCAUCGGCAAUUUAAUGAAAUCCAUGGCCUCCUGUCUCAGGACGAAUAAGAAGCUGACGAACCACAGCAUGAGGAAAACAUUGGUAUCAAAACUGAAGAAAUCAGGUCAACCGCGCAAUAUCAUCUGUGAAAUAACAGGCCAUGCACGUGAAUCUUCGUUAGACGACUACGAUGAAAUAGACGAGAAUCACAGGAAAGAACUGUCUCACAUUAUCAGUGGAUAUAAAGACGUGUCAAACGAAAAUCAAGCAAACGAAGUCUCCCGCCAAAACACUGCAAAUCAAGCCUCAAAUCAAGAGAUUGCAGUCCAACAUAAACGAACACCUCUGGUUCCUAUUUAUCACGUCCAACAACAAGGCCAAAUGUAUCAGGCCAUGGGUUCCAAUCCUGGUUUUCAGCCAGCUGAAUUUUCAGGAUUUCAACCACGUUUUCCAUUGCUGUCUCCGCAGUACCGCAUGGAAGCCCUCAGUUGUGCUGCUCCCGUUCCAUCGCAGAAUUACACAGUCUGCACCUUCAAUUUCUUCUCCAGAGACAGCCAGAAUUCUCCACCCCAACCACAGAAGAAACGAAGGGUUUACAUCAUUGAGUCAGACGACGAGGAUUGAACUUUAACGCUUCACUAUUUUUCUGAGUUAU